AGCACGGCGGCGCAGUGCGGCGAAAGUGAGGCAGAGUCAGAGAAGAAGCGCAUGGCGGAAGUCGCUGCAGAUCAGUCACCCCUGCAGUUGACAGCAUGAAAACACGACGGUGACCUGGAAACAUGUCUUCAGGUUGUGUGAGGUGGGUGCUUGUCCACACGCUGCGGGCCGUCAGUGGCAGUUCUCCCGCCUGCAGAACACCAGCCGCGGGGUUUCUCAAGUACCGUGAAAGCACCCACAUUCCCGGUUCCCUGAGACGGUCCCCGUUCUGCACAGCAGUAGACGACACAGAACAGGCUCCUGCACCCAAGAAAAGGAAGGAUCCUCGAGCUCAUGCCACAAUCAGCAGCGUUGGCCGCAAGAUCCAUCACCGCCUCAUACAGGUGAUCAGUGAGACGGGGGACGACCUGGGCGCCAUGCAUCGCGCACAUGUGAUCAAAAUCAUGGACGAGCAGGGACUUAAAUUGGUGCUGCUCAGUGAAGACAAGGAUCCUCCAGUCUACCAGCUGAUGAGCGGCAAAAAAAUCCACGAAGAGCAGCUGAAACUGCGGGAGAAACAGAAGCCAAAAGCAGCUACUGUGCAGGUGAAGGAACUCACCUUCUCAUCUGGCAUCGCGUCUCACGACAUCACCACCAAGCUGAAUCAGGUGGAGAACUGGCUGCAGAAGAAGCACCACGUUAGGAUCACGCUGCGAUCAGGACGAGGAGGAGCUGCAGUCAACCUGGACACAACCCUGGAGCAGAUAGUGCAGCAGAUGGAAGUAAUGGUGGGAUUCGUUUCCAGGCCAAAAGUCGUACGUGACGGUAGAGCAGCCAUGUGCGUCCUCAGACCUCCUUCAGCCAAGGAGCUGUCAGAGAAGAAGAAGAGCGAGACGACGGAGCCGUGAUCUGAGAAUUCAGAGGCCUCAUCACAGCCGUGAUGACGCGGACACAAUCCUUUGACUGUAGGUGGAGGUUUGUGAAUCAGGUUCUGUUUGAUUUGGAGGGUAUCAUCCUUUAGGUCUGUAGGAGAAUCAGGUCCAUAAAUGAGGAGUCAAGGACAGUAUUUGUGAGCAGGAUUAUUAACUUGAGUACUCGUCAUGUGAAAUUGACGCGUUCUUACCGUAACAUGUGCAGAUUAUUGUUGUAUUGUUAUGUGGAACCAGGCAGCAUCACAGUGAUGAUGACCCUGACAUCGUCGCGUACAAGCCUUGAUCCGGCCUUGAUUCACACAAACAAACUUGUCCUUUUUUUUGAUUGCACCGGGUUUCACUCAGAAAUAAAAGCGCUGUGUGUGUUUCUCUGCUUUA